UUAUAAUUCUAUCCACUGAAGAGAAAAGAAAGAAAUGAAGUAACUUGAAGUAACUAUCACAAUUUCAUUCAUUAAAGGGAAUACGCUGUAACGAUAGAAGAAAUGAAAUAAACUAAUGUAACUAUUACAAUUUCAUUUAUUAAAGGGAAUGGGCUGUAACGAUAGAAGAAAUGAAGUAAACUAAUGUAACUAUUACAAUUUCAUUUAUUAAAGGGAAUGGGCUGUAACGAUAGAAGAAAUGAAGUGAUUUGUAGUGACUAUUACAAUUAUAUCCACUAAAGAUAAAAUGAAAAAACGAAGUAAGCUGAAGUAACAUCCCCAGAGUAGCGAUCGCCGCUUCUGGAGGGUCACAAAGUAGCGACAGCGUUUCGACGUCGAGUGAUCUUCCUCCCAUUCCGUUUUCGUUGACGUUCGUGCCCGACUAUUUUCGACUAAUUUACUAAUUCGAGCCGGAACUGCCACUGGUAUACCCCGACGGCGUUCGAUUCGAAGAAAUACAGUUUAUACGCGUGUCAGUUAACAUCAAAGGCGUAGGGGACCGCAAUGACAGACGUAACUUGGAUACUACUGGCCAACUUCUUUCUUUAUGGAUCCCAAGGAACUCCCUAAAGAAAAAGCUGUAACGAAUACUUUAUCUUGAGAGUCAGCGGUCAGGAAAUUAUACUUGAUAUUUCAUCCUUCCAAAGUUAGUACACCGUAACUGAGAUUUUCCAUUCGUGUUGAGGCCUUCGAAAGCACUUUGGCUACAAAGAGGUAUCCAAUGUCCUGAAUGCACAUUUUUAGAGCUGAUACGAUAGAAUCUGACCGAUUAGUACACCGUAACUGUGAUUUUCCAUUCGUGUUGAGGCCUUCGAAAGCAAUUUGGCUAUGAAGAGGUCUGCAGAGUCCUGGAUGCACAUUUUGGGAGCUGAAAUGAUAGAAUCUGACCGAUUCACGAUGGCUGGGUCAAAGGAAAGCGCUAAACAGAUCGAAACACCGCCGUACAGAGACCGCAUGGAGCUCAGGUCAAUGUCGAGGGGUCCCCCACCUCCAUACGCUAAAGUCGACAGCCUGAAGAACCCAAACUCGAUCAACGACUCCACGUCCAAACAACAAAACGGUUUCUUUUCAUUCUGUUCCAUUAAUUUGAUCAGUUAUCAAUUGUACUGGAUGAUUGUUGUAGGUUCAACAACGAUAAUAAUCAGGAGCGGUUGUGCCAAAUUCCCAAGAUGUAGAUGCAUCUCUCUCUGCACCUGUGGAUUGUUGACAAUACUUCUCACCACUAUCCUGGUCAACGUCAUGUUCCCUUAUCCGCUGCAUGCAUCUUGCAUUAUCAAAUGGAACUUUGGAGAACCUUGCACGGAGAUCAUGCAGAAGCUGAGGUGGCAAAUACUUGACUGGUCAUCCUGCGUCAACUGUGGUCCACAUGGCAGCAGAUGCCUCUACUCGCUGAAGGAGCUAAGACCUGACGAAAACAAUGUAAUCAGAGCCUCACACCUUGCGCCGAACAUGAAGACUGUGGAAACCAUACAAAUAACUUUCAAAGAGGUCAACAAAACCUGCAUGGCAACAGGUGAAUCCGUGUCGAACGAGUGGUUCAGGAUAUUCGAUUAUGGCACGAACUACUGUAAUUUGCGCAACUUGGUGACCAGCAUUGGCUUCAACGGAAGCCCGAGGUUCCUAGAGCUGACGAGCAACGCAGUUUGCACGCAGUACAACAUGGCUGUUUGUAAUUAGUCUCACGU